UCUUAGCCAAGAUGUUCACUUCUCAAAAAUUCAGGAAAACCAAGAUUCUCUUUACAACAAUAGCAGUGCUUGGAGCUACAGGAUAUGGGUACCUCACCUGGAGGUGAUACAACCUCAGAAAAGAUCUAACUGAUUUUGAGCUUAUCAGUAAGAAGAAAGACUCUACUAGGCCGUCGAAUGAAUACUAUGGAAUUAACUGGGGCUACAGGUCUGAUAAUACAAUUGAGUUAUCAUUUAAUACUGGGGAUAUACUGCUUUAUGAUUACAAAUGAAUCAAUUGACUCUAUCCAAGUGAAGUUGUCUCUUGAUAUAUUCAUAAACAGAAGAGUGAGUAUACAGGUGUGGGAUUCACCUUUAAGACUCCGAAAGGAUUAUAUGUGAUUUAUCCUCACUUUGGCAAAGUCAAUAUCUCUCCAUACAGUGAAUUUCUGAAUAGGCCUUACAUUUGUAAGAUAAAAGCUCGAAGUUUUCUAAAUCCUCCUGUUGAUAUUACUAAAAAGACAAUUGAAUUUGUUGCAGCAAUUCAGAAAACUCAAAAAUCGCCAGAUAAAGGAAUUUCUAAACAGAAAGAUCAAGACACCUCUCAAGAAAGUUCAAAGUUCCCAAUGAAGAUCAAGAACGAUAAAAUAAUAGGGCAAUAUUUUCAUCACCUGGGAGUUUUGAGAGUUAACCCAUACAUGAAAGUAUAUGAUGCAAGAGACUUAGACCUCGACAGGCCAAACAUCUUUCACAAAAAAUACAUGCUUGAUAGUGGAUUCAUCAUUCGCUCUUCAACAUCAGGUGAUCUUAAAGAUAACAUGAAUUUUAAAUAAGAUUCAAUAUUCA